AUGUCAACUCUGAGCUCAGCCUCGAACGGCCACGCUGCCCCGCCUGCCACAGCGCAAGCCUCCUCCUCCACAGGUGGCAUCACCGAGGAUGAAGCCGCGCUCUACGAUCGUCAGCUCCGUCUGUGGGGCGUCGAGGCGCAGAACCGCAUGCGCCAGGCCAAGGUGUUGAUCGUCAACUUUCGCUCGCUCGCGGCCGAGAUCGCCAAGAACAUCGUACUCGCUGGAGUGGGGCAGGUGACCCUGUUGGACGAACACGAUGUACAGGAACAAGAUCUCGGCGCCAACUUCUUCCUGAGGGAGGACGAUGUCGGUCAGAAGGUCAGUCGCACGCUCAGAGCAGAAGCACCGUCAGGUCGGGCCAAGAGAGCCCACACGAGGACUCACUCGUGCCCAAACCCGUUCUCACCUCAGAGAGUUCAAGUUGGAGCACCGCGAUUGCAAGCACUCAACCCUCGGGUAGAGCUUUUGACCCGCACCGACGCCGCUUUGGUCCAAGACGACACUUUCCUCGCCCAGUUCGAUCUCGUCGUCCUCACCGACUGCGACGCUCCGACACUGGUGCGUGAACACGGACUCCAAUUUGCGAUCCAUACAUCGUCAGGGACUGAUAUUCGGACUCUCUCCUUUCGGUACAGCAACGCGUCAAUACGUCCACGCGUCGACUCGGCAAGAAGCUCUACGCCGCUUCGUCCGUCGGCAUCGACGGAUGGAUCUUUGCCGAUUUGCUCGAGCACGAAUUCGUCGUGUGAGUCGUCGGCGUGGUAAAACAGUCGGCUCCGAUAGCAUCAAACUAACACUCUGCUUCGUAUUGAUCUCGUCGUUUCUUACAGCGAUGUGAUCAAGUCGCUCGGACCUGGAGAAACCGUCAGUGUGCCGACCAAACGUACGCUCUCCUACACCCCUUUCAACAGCAUAUUUUCGCAUUCAUGGAAAAAGUCUCGUGCACGCGAGCUCAAAAAGACACAGUCGAACCUGUGGGGCACGCUGGGUGAGUUAGUUCUAUCUCACCAACUACUUAUCGAACCGCGGUUAUGCUGAGAUUCGUUCUUCCGAAUCUCGUUUACGCGUAGCUCUGCUUGAAUAUCAGAGGACAAACCCCGGACAACCCAUCACGCUCGAAGGUCUGAAAUCAGCAUCCCAAGAACUUUUACCUCGCUUGGGCGUCAAGACCGAACUCCUUCCCGAAACGAUCCUCUCGUACGUCCGGACACGUUACUCAGCCCUCCUGCUCAGAUCAAUAUCAUCUGACCCCCAAGCCCUGUCUCCUCCCCCUCUCCCGUAGUCGGAUAGCAUCAACAAGCGCCUUCGAAUUCCCACCUUCUGCCGCCAUUUUGGGUGGUAUCGCAGGACAAGACGUGUUGAACGUAUUGGGAGGCAAGGAGGAACCCGUGAGGAAUUUGAUGGUCUUUGAUGGACAAACGGGAGCGGGUCACGUUUGGAAUUUGGGCGAAUAA